AUGUUAUAAUUGACAAGCGUAGUAAAUUUGACGAAGGGGUCUUUCAAAUUUAUUUAAUUAACAAUUGUAUUCUAUAAAAAGUCCAAAAUGCCUAUGCCUCAGACAAUUGGUCAUCAAGUCAAAUUUGCCAAAACAUUGUCUGGAUUGAUCAGACGAGGUUGGUGGGAAAUUCCAGAAAUUAUGGCUUCAAGUUGUAUGGCUGCAAUCGGUAUUGUUCUUGGUAUUGUUGGAGUCUACAACUAUGAAAAAAGAAAUGGAGAUAAUAAGGAAUACAAAUCUGUAUACAUGAUUAUGAGACCAGAUGAUCCAAGAGUCUGUCUUUUGAAUAAUCCAGUUUAUACGCAAUAUAAAAGAUUUUAAGGUUAUUAAAAGCAGUAUGU